AUGCCGGAUUCAGCAUCCUUGCCUGCUCAGAACUAUAGCACAGUGUCUGAAUUCAUCCUCCUUGGCUUCUCCCCCUUCCCCCAGCAUCUCCUGCCUGCCUUCUUCCUGCUGUUCCUGCAGAUGUGCCUGUUCACACUGCUGGGGAACCUGCUCAUCAUGGCCACCAUCGGGAGCGAGUGCAUCCUCCACACACCCAUGUAUCUCUUCCUGUGCACCCUCUCCAUCUCUGAGAUUCUCACUGUUGCCGUCACCCCUCACAUGCUGGUCGACCUGCUCUCCACCCAUCACUCCAUCACCUUUGUGGCCUGUGUCAGCCAGAUGUUCUUCUCCUUCAUGUUUGGCUUCACCCAUUCCUCCCUGCUCAUGAUCAUGGGCUACAACCGCUACGUGGCCAUCUGCCACUCUCUGCGCUACAAUGUGCUCUUUUGUCCCCGUGACUGUGCCCAUCUUGUGUCCUGGUCCUAUGCUGGUGGCACAGUCAUGGGGAUGAUGGUGACAUUGAUAGUUUUUCACCUCACCUUCUGUGGGUCUAACGUGAUCCAUCAUUUUCUCUGCCACGUGCUUUCCCUCUUGAAGUUGGCCUGUGGGAAUGAGACAUCCUCUGUCACCUUGGGUGUGAUCCUGGUGUGUGUCACAGCUCUGAUGGGCUGUUUAUUCCUCAUCUUCCUCUCCUAUGUCUUCAUCGUGCCUGACAUCUUGAGGAUCCCCUCAGCUGAGGGCAGGCACAAGACCUUCUCCACAUGUGUGUCCCACCACACUGUGGUGGCCGUGCACUAUGGUUUUGCCUCCAUCAUCUGCCUCAAGCCCAAGGGCCCUCCAUCUAUGGACAGUAACACUCUGAUGGCCACCACCUAUACAGUCUUCACCCCCUUUCUUAGCCUAAUCAUCUUCAGCCUCAGGAAUAAGGAGCUGAAGAAUGCCAAAAAAACCUUCUGCCGAAAAUUCUGUCCCUCAGCUCCUGACAGACAGCCGCGCUGCAGGAGGGGCGGCCCCAACCUGCGCUGCAGGGCGUCCCCGCACACUGGCAGUCUUGCCUGGACCCACAGCAGUCCUGGUCACGAGAGUCCAUUCCCAGGAGAGAAGUGGUCCCUGUACCAGCAUUCGUACAUUCAGGAGCGGGUACCCUGGAGCCUGUUUGCAGCCACGAGAGACGAAGAGAUCUGCUGCCCGAGGGAGCGGAUGCUGGGGGUAGUGGGGUCUCAGACUCCCCCCGACUCCGCCAUCACAGACAAUGCUACUGUGAACGUCCUUGAUCACGUCCCUCCCUGA